AUGUCUGUGAGCAGGAUACUGUACAGUUUUGCCACAGCGUUUCGGCGCUCAGCGAAGAAGGCGGUUCUUUCCUCUCAGCAGCCGGCGCCGCUCACACCUGACAGCGACUUGUUUACUUUCACCGUCAGCCAGGAAAUCAGAGAGGAUGAUGGCAAGGGUACUUUCAGUGCUGUAGCAAAGGACAAGGACAAGCAGAGCUUCAAGCUGCGUGCAGGAAUGGACAAAAAAAUUGUCAUUUAUGUCCAACAAACCUGCAAUAAAGAACUGGCCAUUGAAAGGUGUUUCGGUCUCCUGCUCAGCCCUGGGAAAAAUGUGAAGAACAGCGACAUGCACCUGCUAGAUCUGGAGUCGAUGGGAAAGAGUUCCGACGGGAAGUCUUACAUCAUCACAGGAAGUUGGAACCCCAACACGCCUCAGUUCCAGCCUGUGAAUGAGGAAACGCCCAAAGGUGACAGCCAAAGAAAU